UUUACUGAUAAGCCUGGUGGUUGGAGCUGUCGCCACUGUUGGUGGUGGCCGUAGUGACAAACAGAGGGAGAGAUGUCGAGAUUGCGAAGACUGAUACAAGCUUCGGUUGAUGCUACCAAGAGAGCUUUAUCCGGUAAUCUUGAUGAUUUGAUGCCACCACCGGAGAGACCCAUCUUCAGCUUCAAUUCCAAGAAAGAGUUAAGCAAGUGGCAUUUGUAUUCUGAUUCCGAAUUUGGAGGUUUGUCCUCUGCGUCUCUGCAGAUAACUGAGUCGGAGAAUGGAGUAACUUCUGGAAUCUUCUCCGGGAACCUCUCUCUGGAUGUCUCUGAGGGCUCUAAAUGGAAAAUUACUCGGGGUGGCUUCUGUGGAAUGCGCUCUAAAAAGUUUGAUGGUUUUAUUGAUUUGGAUUCAUAUGAUACCAUUGCGAUGAAACUUAAAGGAGAUGGAAGAUGUUAUAUAUCUACUAUCUACACGGAGAAUUGGGUCAAUUCACCUGGACAGAUGGAAGAUAACUCAUGGCAAGCUUUUGUUUAUGUGCCUGAAGGCAACUGGUACAUUACAAAGAUUCCUCUAGCUCGGUAUUUACCUACUUGGAGAGGGAAUGUUAUAGAUGCAGAUUUGGAAAUGAAUCCAUCGCGUAUUUUGGGCAUGUCUUUGUCUGUCAAUGCUGAGGGUGGUGUCCCAGGUGCUAGAUCUGGACCAGGUGAUUUCAGAGUUGAUCUUGAUUGGAUCAAAGCCUUGAGGACAGAAUGAAGUGAAUAGUUUACACAUAAAAAUCAAGAAUUUUCCUCUUCUUCUAGAGUGCCCUUUUUUGUAAUAACAAUGUAUCAUUUGAUGGCUCCUAAUGGAAAAAUAUAUUUGGUAGUUAUUAAAGUACCGAUACAAAGACUGUAUUAUUGAGUGCUAUAGUAGAUCCAAUAAUGUAAGCACUUUCGAAGAACAAAAUUCAUUGUUUUCAUCAUGUUCACAGCAGAAGAAUCAAGACUUAUUGUCACCUUGACAAUACUGCUGACAUAAUUGGAUUGUCGGUCAUCAAUUAA